GAUAUCGGCGGUGUUUAGGACCUCGGGUCGCUGCAGUCACUGCGCCAGGAAUCAAAGCCUCUAAAAUCUUCAAUAUUUCACUGCAAAUUCAUUGACUGCAGCCGAAACUGCGCGCACUUUCAUCUCUGCUUUGUUUUCGAGCCUCAUCUAUUCAGUAAAUUACGAGAUUGAGCUUUAUUUAUUUGUUUGAUUCCGAUGAUUAAUUUGUGUUACUGCGUCUUUUGUCGGUGUCGCGCAUUGAGGUCAAUAAGUCACAUAUGAGCUGAAAGACACGCGCUUGAUUCUGACUGCGAUCAUCUGUAAAACUGCAGACAUGACUGAAUCAUUACACUCUCGUCUCGUGAUCGGUUCUGUUCUCAUGGUUUUGGUCUCUGCUGAGGGUCUGAACGCUGGUCCAGGACUCCUCCCAAGUCCUAUCCGGUCUCACGGGCCGGUUCUGGACAUUCCCAUUGGUUUUGAGGAGCAUGAGGAGGUCUCUCGGAAACCUGGAUUCAUGGAGACUUCACAGGAGAGCUCGGGGUUCUUCAGCGAGGACACUGAGGACACCAAGAGCGUCCAGCGGUGGGAGACACAAACCGAGACCAAAGAGGCCGGUUCUGACCCGGACGCCAUGAGCGAGCGCUGUCUGUUGCCUAAGAAGGUGGGACCGUGUCGUGCUGCUUUUACUCGCUGGCACUUCAACCCCGCGGCUAACAUGUGUAAGAAGUUCAUGUUUGGAGGUUGUGAAGAGAACGGCAAUAACUUUCUGACACUGGAGGAGUGUGCAAAAGCCUGUCAUCCAGUCUCCGAUUACAGUCCUUCACCCCCAGAACCAACAUAUUCCUCCCUCCCUCCAAUCAACUCUUCCUCCUCAUUCCUCCCCACUUCGGAGUCCACGAACCCUGCGAAGUGGGAGAGUGAUUCAGAAUCCAGCGGCUUUCUCCUUAACCCCUCCUCUGGCCUGUCAACCGCACCUGCUGUUGACCAUACCCACCCCACAGACACGCCCCCCACUCUCACCCGUCAGAACAGCUCAGAAGACACAGCUGGGCCUGACACAUCUCUCGCUUCUGAGGAUGAGAGGUUUGAUGAUGAGACUGACCGGGCUGUCACUCAAUCACCCACAGCUCCAGAAGUUGGGCCCCUGCCCAGCCAAGGACCCCUGCAGCCUGACGAACCACAACACGAGGAUUCUGAGGAAGACGAGUUGGUCGUUUUUCCCACUGAGUCGGAUGAAGAUGAAGACUGGCGAUAUCUCACGACCGGUCCGUCGUCCUCUCCCGCCUCAGAUCUGCCACCUGUGGUUUUUACAGAGACGUCCUGGCAGGGGGCUCCGCUCGUCACGACUGAGGUUGAGGAAGGGGCGGAGCUUCGUCAUGGCGGAACCGAAUAUCUAGCAAAUACUGAACUUCAUGAACCAGAAGUUUCCCAGGAGGCUGAACAGGUGAUUUGUGUGGACUGGAGUAACCUCGCAGGAAAGGGUUACGUGAUCCUUACCAUGACCGACAACUUCGACUGCGAUGAGUUUCGUACAGAGAAUGGAGACAGAUUGCUGGAGUUGCUGGAAAACACUUUCUCUAGAAAGAUGAGCAUCCCGCAAGGAUCCUGGCUCAUCUUCCUCAGCAAACCAACUCAACAAGACCAUCAACUCCUAAUGACUUUAGCCAGCGAGCAGGAAAUCAUUGCACCUAAAGAGGUUCUGUCAAUGCUGGGUGAAAUCAAAAGAGAUCUUUAUGAGAUUGGCAUUCAGAAUUAUUCCAGUGUAAACACAUGCCAUUCGAGACCCAGUCAAACCCGCAGUGACUACGGUAAACUAUUUGUGGUGCUGGUGAUCAUCGGGUCGAUCUGUGUCCUUAUUAUUGCUUCUGGAGUCAUCUAUAUCUGCUGGCAACGCCGUUUACCCAAACUCAAGAACAUGUCGCGAGGUGAAGAGCUUCACUUUGUGGAAAACGGCUGCCAUGACAACCCCACGCUGGACGUCACCAGCGACAGCCAAUCAGAGACACAGGAGAAGAAACCCAGUGCCAAUGGGGUGACGGCGGGCGGAGACGCAGGAAGCGGAUGGCAGGUGCUGGUCAACAAACCCGGAAAAGAGGAGGAAGACAACCAGGAGGAAGACACUCACCUUUAAUUCCGAAACCAGUCAGCAUGGAAAAGCAGUAUGAGACUAUGAAGGCAGCAAACAUUUUCAAGCUUUUUCAAAACAUCCGCUCUAUAAUACGUGAUGUGUUUUGGCUUGUGCGACAUUUUCCUUUAUCUGCAUUUAACGUAGAAGAUUAAAUUCAGAUGGACUGACGUGCUUUAAACGUGACUACUGUGGCCCGGGACGAUUUUGCGUGCGGGAACAAAUCAUUAGGAUUUAUUGAAAUUGAAUGUGUCAAACAAUCAAUAGGAUAUUUUAGAAUUUCAAAUCAGUUCAAAUAUCUUGGAUGUUUGGUCUGUGAAAAAUGAUUUCUUGCACUGUAAAAUGAAAAUAGUUUAACAAAAUUGAAACUUCUGUCAUUUUUUACUAUGGUCCGAUUCACGUCACAUUUCUGGCUGACGUCAGAGGUAUUCAGGCCAAUCACAACGUACAGAUUAGCUGGACAGAUGAGUUUGGUACAAAAUCAGUGCUUCAGAAAGACAAGAAAAUCUGGAGCUACAAAAAUGUACGGUAUGUGGAAAAUAAUGUGUUUUUAACCAUAAACCACGCGAACACAUGGUAUUAUACCAAAUAGACAAUAUAACGUUGAUUUUUAGCAAUGAAAUAGGUGCACAUAAAGAUAUUUGCACAAUUAUUUUUCAGUUUUUCGUAUUCGUCACACAGUGAAACCUUUCACACACAAUCUGGUGCUUAUUUACCGAGCCCCUAAGGUGACAUUGGAGUAAAAAAUCUAAAGUGUAGUUUCAUGUGCUCACGUGAAACUUUCAUGUGCUCACGCGAAACCUUUAUGUGCAGAAUUUGUUUUACAUUUUAGUUUCGCUUGCGCACGUGAAACUAUCGUAUGCGCACAUGAAACUAAACGCGAUAGUUUCACGUGCGCACACGAUAGUUUCACGUGCACACAAAACUAAAUGCAAGAGUUUCACGUGUGCACACCAUAGUUUCACGUGCGCACACGAUAGUUUCACUAAACUAAAUACAUUUUUUUCUCCAUGUCCCCUUAGGGGCUCCGUACUUAUUAAAUAAUCAGUUGCAAAAAAUUCGCAAAACUAUACAAAUGGAUGUUAUGUCAGAUGAUAUUCUCGAUUUGCCUUUCGCUUGUACGGUGGCUCUAAACAUCAAAACAUCUCUCAAAAUGCUUGCUCGAGAUGUUGAAAACGCAGAAAAUUUAAGCCAAUCCGAAUUUUUAAAUGACGCACUAAAGUUUUGGAGGCAGUGUGUAAAUAUGAUAUUUUAUUUAUGAACAUUUCGGACGAUAAUUUUAGACUUUUUGCAAACAUCAUUAGCCUCGUAACUGAAGUCAUAUGAUAGCUUUGAGUGAAUUUUAGAUCAAUAUUUCUUUUACACGUUUAGUUUUUAAAUGCCGUUUUGACCUCAUUAACGUCAAUUUUACAGGCAUGGUGAACUCAAAUGUGGCUGAGAAAAUGACAGAAUUUUCAUUUUAGGUAAACUGUUUCUUUAAAAACACGAAUACUUGACAAAGUUGAUUGUAUGAAGGGAUUUCUUGAAGGUUUUAACAGUGUAUCUCUAACAAUACACUAUAAACAUAUUUUUAUUCAAUUCAAUGCAAGUAUUUAGUUGCAUCUUGUGUUAGACAUGCUGAAUGCUGGAUGGAUGACUGUCGCCUCGCUCCGUUAUCAUGUAUCGGAAUGGCUCUGUGUUGGAUCAGUGUUACUCUUUAAGGUUUAUAUAUCGCACAAUUAACGUUUUAAAACACCAACAGAAACAUGAUUCACCAUCCUCUCAUUCAGUGAAGAUCAAUCUCUUUGACGCUUACGUUAUCAGUGUUUGGUUGGAAAAUGUUAGCUUUAAUUGCCAAAAAAAGUGAUUGAUCACAACCCUGCCAGAAAAUUCAACAGAUGCCAAACCCAUCCAGCAGGGUUUAUUGUUUAUAGUGGUGAGCUUGUUUAUUUGUUUGUCAGAAAACAAUCUCUCUGGUUUAUUUGUCUCGCAAUGAAAAAGCUUUUCUGGUUUUACUCAUAAUAAGUGCAUGAAUCACUGUAGUAUUUAAGUCUAUGCACAUGCCGGGGGUCGACUGAUUAUACACAUUUAAAUAAACGUAAACAGUAUUGAAAUACAUAGGCAACACUACAACAUAUGUGCAUUUUUCUUUCAGUAGUUUUCUUAUUAAGGCUUGAUGUGUAGGAGAAUUCGACGCCUGUGUAAACGCUUACAUCUCGUACCGUUUCCGUCUCGGUACGAGAGCUGUUAGCAAAUUUGCACUUUUUUGCAUUUUGUAUCUCGAUUUGCUUAAUGUAUCCGAUUGUAACGAGAUUUAGAUCUCGCUGAUUUCUGGUAAUUUUAUGUUACACCAUCAAUUGAAAAGGCAAAAAAUAAAUGUUUUGAGAAGU